AUGUCUGACUACACCGGCCCUGGAAUCUACACCAUCUCUCCUUUCCACGCCCCUGAGAUGGAGCUCGACAUCUGGAAAGGCGAAAAGAAGGAAGGCACCCAAGUCAAGCUCUACAAGAAAGUCCCAAAUGCAUCAAACCACCAAUUCCAGAUUGUCUGCGCUGGAGGCGUCGGCGGUAACCCCGAAAAGGGCGACCGCGAGUACUUUAUCAUUCCCGUCAACUCUGGUCUCUACAUGACUGCUCACGUCACCACUCAGCUCCUUCCCCCCAAGGACUCCUCAAUCCGCUGGAAGCUUGCACAUGCCGGAAAUGGCGCCUACUACAUCAACCACGUGGAUGGCAAGAAGCAGCUCAACGUCCGUGGCGGAGCCAAAGAGGAAGGAACGGAACUCAUCACGUAUCAGAUGGCGACAGCUCCCAACUGCCAGUUCAUUCUCAGGGCGGCAGCAUAG